AUCUGGCUAGUUUCAGCAUAUCUAGACUUCAUGAAGUGGUUGCUAAUCGACGGCGAACAAAAAUUCCUAAACGGUUUUCAAGUUUUUCAAGUACUCCUUGCCCACUGGAAGAUGCUGGUCAAAAGAAGCUUCAUGCUGCCUUGAAAGAUUUUGUAAAAGAGCCUUUAGCCGAUGGAAAGUGGAAGCAUGCAUUCAAAUGCCUCUCGGCAAAAGGUGCAAAUGCUGAUGGUUUCCUCUCAAAAGAUGAACAAACCGUCAUCCUUCGUUUCCUACCGUCGCAGUCCUUUAGCUCAAAAGAGCUGAAGAACAUAUGUGAAGUGCUCAGGAGGACGAGCGUGUUCGGCUUAAGCCUGGUUCGCUCAGCCAUAGAGUCAACUGAUCCGCUUUCUGAACAGUGCCUUGCAGUCUUUUUGAAUUUUGUAGCCAGUGGAUCAUCUGAGGAAAAUACGAAAGAAGGUAAUGACCACUUGUUGGCAUGCCUUCUGACUCGCCACUUUGAUCCCCGUCGAAUGGCGGAAGCUGCUGCGCGGACGAUAACCACUCAAAAUGCCUCAAUACUUAUGCAGAAAUGUAUGAGUUUGUACGUUUCACCUUCACAGGGCGAUGUUGCUGAGGAGGCUUAUCGCUGA